AUGGGCGGGAGGGGAGAGGAGACGCGCCUGGGCCCAGUGCCGGCCGGCCUGGCCCCUCUCAGCCAGUCUCUAUGGGCGCGCGCCGACAGCCUCGCGCACCGGCCCCGGGGCCCCGGCCGAAGGUGCGCGCGCAGCACCCCGGGAAGGUGGGAGGGGAGGCGGUGGCGGAAAGAUGCGCGCGCAGUCACCCGUCAGGGGAGGGGGAACUGUGGAGCGUCCGCCAUCUUGUCUCCCUCUCCUUACCUGCGUCCUCGGGGGCGUGGGCACCACCCCCCCUCCCGCCGAGGAGCGGGGAGGGCCCCCUCUUGGCCGCCGCCUUCGCGGCCUUUAAAUUCCCCUGGGGCCCGUGGCUACUGCCACCGCCUUGCUUCCACUGCCUCCUCUCACGGCACAGAGAUGCGGGCGGUGGGUGGGAAAAAUGAGAGACGCUACUGCCAGCGAACCGCCGCCGCCGCUUCCGAGGCCUCACCAAAAUGGCCGCCGCCGUCUCGGCCGCCACCACCAGCACCACCACCACCAGCUCACUAUCGCUACCGCCGGCGCGGCCCGUCCUCUCGCGAGAGACACUCCCAAGCACCUAUGCCAUCUGUUGGCUAACCUUCUAGGUUAAGAACCCCUUUGAGGGGCCUGCCCUGUGGAAUAGUGGUUAAGUUGAGCACGCUUUGCUUUGGAGGCCUGGGUUCCCAGUCAGGAUCGAAGGUCUAA